CCCUCGGGAAGUGACCACGGCCGUUCGUCGCAUUUCCAGUCCAUUCAACGCCAUGGGAGGAACUCAGUCCACGUCCGAAUUCGAGGGCGAUCCGAACGUCCCCGAUGCCCUCGGCCUCACGGCCAGGAAUAAGGCGGCCAUCAGGAGCUCGUUCAAGUUGGUCCAGGAGGACUUGAAGGGGAAUGGGCAUCGGUUCUUCUGCCACCUGUUCGACACCUUCCCGGAGUUCCAGGACCUGUUCGUGGCCGUGAGGGGCGUGGCCCCCGAGGAGCUGAAGACGAGCAAGAAGCUGGCCGCCCACGGGCUCUUCUUCAUGAGCGCCGUCGAGGCCUUCGUGGCCAACAUGGAGGAGCUGGAGGUCCUCGAGGAGCUCCUGCGGAAGAUGGCCGCCCGGCACAAUCAAUUCGGUCUUACCAAGGCCGAUUACCAGAGAGCGACGAAGCUGUUCGUUGAAUUCUUCCUCUCCAUGCCCGAAGUGGAGAAGCUGGACGUGAAGAGAGACUUCCUCCUCGAGUCCUGGCAUAAGCUGUUCGCCGUGGCCGUGGAUGUCAUCGCGAAGUACAUCGUCCCCUUG